UACAAAAGACAUUAAAAAACAUGACUAAAUUGAAUUUUUUCCAUUUAAAUCGAUGUAUCGAAGUUAUCGAACUGAAUCGAACAGUGUAAAAAAUGUCAAGUUUUAUGUGUCAUCGUGUGUCACCGUGUCACGUCACUUUCAUCCAACACGACUUGUAUUUGCUCUUUAAAUAUUUUUCAAUAUGUCAAAAGUGACUUUCAAGAUCACGCUGACUUCGGAUCCUAAACUUCCCUUUAAAGUAUGCUGAGAAAUCGUGGGCUCUACGUUGAAGUUACGUUUUAGUGGGUUCCUCGUCAUGGAGAUGGAAACAAUUGUAGUGCGUCAAUUUCUAAUAUUUUUCCAAGACUUCAUUCAUUUGUGUCAAAAACGAAAUUGGCCAAAUAAUGAUACAACACCAGAGGAAAUUCGGAAUGCGUUUUUGAUGGCUCAGCACAUAGAAAAAUGCUUAGAUAAAUUCCAAAAACGGUUGCUUAUUGACGAUUUUUUGUCUUUAUUAAAUAAUAAACAAAACACAUCAAGUUUGUUCCUAAAAAAUUGUUUAUCUGACCCACCAAAAUACAUUUUAAAGAAAAUAAUUAAUUCCUCAGCGAAUAUCAGUCUAGUUGAUGUAGGAUUCACGAUAUUUCUAGAAUUAUACUCCGAGCAGAAAUUAGAAGUAUGUUUAUCUGAUUUAAUGUUAGAAGCAGCAUCAAAGGAGACUCUUUUAAAAUGUUUAAAGAUUGAUGUACCUAAAGAGUUUGUAUUAGAAUUUAAGAGUAAUUUCCUGCUUUCUGAAGUCAAAGAUAAGAAUAAAACCACUAAAGUAAUUGAGGAUAUGUUAAGUAAAUGUACAAAGGACGACAUGGAAUUACUAGUACAAUGUAUUUUAUGUAAAGACUUAAAGUAUGACGAAGCUGUUGAUAUACUAACUCAGGCGUUUGUCAGUUAUAUGAACGGAAAAACAGUUUCGAGAAAAACUUGUUGGAAGUUCUUCUUUGAUACAGAUGAGGAAAAAUUUUUGCAAGUGUGCUUAAAUCGUAGUGAUAUUUUUAAAGUAGUGGCUACAGCUUUAGUCGACGUCGGCGAGUGUCUCCGGAAUGAAAUGUCUCUGGAACAUUUUUAUAUUGAACUAACAUAUUCUGAGUUUCUAAAAAUAGUGCAAAUGAUUUGCAAAAAUGACAAUUUAAAAUUGGAAUUUCUAGAUAUUGUAGCAGAAAAAAAUGUUGAUUUUGAAUUCUGGACUGGCUUAAUGCCUUGAUGUAGAGCAUUUGUUAAAUUUGAUGAAUUCUUUAAUUAAUUUAUACAGACAAUAAAAAAAUACUUUCGUGA